AUAAAUAAGUCACAUGACCAACGGCCCCUAUCAGAGUAAGCUAGUUAAGUCUUCGUGUUUGAUUGUGUUGGUCAAAAUGGACUAUUUUUUUUCAUCAACAAACCCUACCUCAUCUGGGUCUUCUUCAGUGACGACCAAGGAGAGGAAGACGAAGAGUAGUAGUAGCAGCUGCAAGAAAAGUAACAAAGGAGGAGGAGUGAAGCUAUCAACUGAUCCUCAAAGCGUGGCUGCCAGGGAAAGGAGGCAUAGAAUCAGUGACAGGUUCAAGAUCUUGCAAAGCUUGGUUCCUGGUGGGACAAAGAUGGACACAGUUUCUAUGUUGGAAGAGGCCAUUCACUACGUUAAGUUCUUGAAGACUCAGAUUUGGAUCCACCAAAACUUGAUCAUCAAUAAUAAUGAUGACCCGUCUCUCUACUUUAAUGGUUUUCUUCCUCCACAACAAGAAGUUUAUUUGGAUACCAACUUUAUAGACUCAGCAGUACUGCAACCUUCAAUGUCAUUACCUAUCCAAGAAGAAAAUUCUUGCUUCCAAGGGGAAGAUGCCAUGCCAUAUGACCCAUUUAUGAAUAAUUAGCUAGUUCGAUCCCUCAGUUGUUUGUCGAUCUUAAUAUAGCAUUAUAAAUUAAUUACUACCUAGUGUUUCUAGCUCCUUUACAUAUAUAUAUAUAUAAGUCCGUGAAUUGACUGGUUUUGUUGGUGUGGUUCGAUUGUUACUGACCGCCUAUUUUGUUUUGGAACGAUCGAUGUAUUAAUUGGAAGGAUGUGUAUGUGACUAUGAAUUUGGAAGCACGUAGUCGUGGAAUAGAUAGUAAUUAUUGUUGUGUUUACUGAGGGAAAUACAUGUCAUUAGUUAGUUUCUAUAUAGCUUUGGUAGGAUCAGCGAGGCAGUGUUAUGGACGGAGAAGAUAAUAAUUUAGUUUUAAUAAAAUUCGAGCAUUGCUCUUAUGAGACGAACGUUGGUCAGUUCGAGCCUCGCCAGGACCGUUCAAUGAACAUAUUGAAUCUUUAUUUUGUAUAUAUUUGUUUUAAUUUGAAUUAGAUAUAGAUAUUUGUAAGGACUCAGUUGAGUUGGGCUUUUAGCUGUGCCAGACUGCCAGUAGCCCAGUAGAUGAAGUAGGCCUGGACUUGGUCGUUGAACUAAUUAGCCUGAUGGACUCUUUCAUAACCAAGUUUUAGCCUUUAAGGCUAGCAGACGGGCUCCCUUACAGGCCCAACUUACAACUUUGACCAAUCUGUUGAUUCUAACCCGGGUCCUGGCCCAUAUAAAUAAAGUCCACGGUCCGCUGCAUUCUGCAGCUGGUGCUGGCUCGUGUUCAAACUUCAAAUGCAACUAUGAGAUGCAGAGAGGUGGACAGGUAGUGAUACUCACAAUGUAUUCGCGGAUUUUCCUUGCGUCCUCGUUCGUGUGAAAUACAUGUUUACGUUGCGCGCUUGUAUUUGAAGAUAUCUAUACUUUCGUCUUUUGCAUCGUUUUGUCUGCUGAGAUAUUGCUGUUAAUGUGUUUGUCGAAA